AUGCGAAACUACGAGUCACCGGCCCGACAAGUCGGGGGCACAUGGUUCGAAGUUGGAGGGUUCUGGCCGCCCUCGAAUCGUCUGAAACUUUCGCAAAGCCCAAAAUCAAAGGUCCCGCCAUGCCGAACACCUCCGAUUGGCGUAUUUCCAGGCAACCCAGAUUAUCAGCCGACCCUGUUCGCACCUUUCACACCUCGACGAGACGGCUUGCAACGUGAUUGCUUGCACAUCUCAAUGGGCCAAAUGGGGCUUUGUCCCAGCGAGUAUGUCGCCUCAUCUCUACAGAAAUUGUAUGCUAUGAUUUAUCUUGACAGGUAG